UUCUUAAACAUCAUAUGUAAUGAGAUAUAUGCUCUAAUAAGUUGAUAGUUGAGAUGUCCUGCUAAUCAUAUUGUUGAGCUAGCUUACGAGUUGAGCUCAACAAGCUACAGAAUCGAGCUGAUUCACGAAUCUUACAAACCAAAUAAAAUUUAGCUCUAUCUCUAAUUAUUAAUAAAUGAGUAAAGUGUCGAAUGCGUUUUUUUCCCAAAUCAACAAGUUUGACUCAUUUUCACCCACAAUACUACAAUAGGUCCAAGCCGGCAGCAAAAUAAUAUCCGCCGGACGUUGUUGCUAUGAAUUGGAUUAUCUGGUGUCCAUAUACAACCUUAUUCUUCAAAGAAAAUGCCGACGGAAACUUCAAUGCAUCACCAUUUCGGCCUUUUCUUCUGAGCUGGUCCGAUCACUACCGUCACUUUCCGACGAAACUGACCCUCGUCGUCGUCAGUCCGGAUAAUAAUUUCCGCCGUCAGGGGCCUGCGCAGAAUUAGCGGGAAUCCAAGAUAAUCCAUAAAAAUUAAUUAAAAUCCCAGUGACUCAAUUAAUCCAAUCCUAAUCAAUAUCUGAUUCUUCGAAAAAGCCAUUUAAUUCCCAAUUAUUUGGUCAGUUAUGGAGAUUAAUCCUCGUCUCUGCUUCUUCUCCUCCUCCUUCCUCAGCAGCUUCCUGCCCAACCCAAAAGACUUAAUUAUUCACCCUGAAGGAAUUUUCAAAGUCAGCACUUUGAAUUCCGCCAUGGAAACUCCUCACCAAGCUCGACAUUGAACUCAUAAACAACACACCUCUCCCCAAAAUCCCCUGUUUCUUAAAUCCCAAUUUCACCGGAGAUGGGUAAACCGAUCAUCGAAAACAGGGUACUGUACUACCCUGUAAAGCCUCUAGCUUUCUUCUCCGUAAUCUUCAUCCUCACCGUCUACCUUGUCCGCACAAGCAUGAUCACCACCACCGCCGUCCCUCUCCCUUCUUCCCCUUCCUCCGAGCCCCACCACCGCCGCCGCAGAAUCAUCAAGUCGUCGUCGUCGUCCGACGAAGAUCCCGGUCAAUACCCAGAAACCUACCUAGUCCCUCCGACGAACCUCACAACACAAGAGAGAAUCCACUGGUUCAGAUCCAACCUCCCUGCAUUCCAGAUCCUGAAAUCGGACAACCUGACGAGCAGAUUCCACAAGCGAGCCCGCCGAUUCCUGCUCCGAAACCGAUGCGAGCUCCGAUUCUUCAUGACGUGGAUCUCCCCUGCCUCUUCGUUCGGAAACAGAGAGUUUUUGGCAAUGGAGUCCCUGUUCAAGUCGAAUCCCGACGCGUGCCUCGUCCUCGUCUCCCGAUCGCUCGAUUCGCGAAGCGGCCGCAGAAUCCUGAAGCCCCUCCUCGAUCGCGGCUUCAGGGCUGCGGCAUUCGCCCCCGAUUUAUCCAACCUGCUCCGCGGCACGCCCGCGGAGCAGUGGUUCGAGGACCUGAAAACAGGGGAGAAGGAUCCAGGGGAGAUUCCCCUGCCUCAGAACCUCUCGAACCUCGUCCGGCUCGCCGUGCUGUACAAGUACGGCGGCGUCUACCUUGACACGGACUUCAUCGUGCUGAAGAGCUUCGCGAGGCUGCGAAACUCGAUCGGCGCGCAGAGCGCCGAUUCGGCCGAGAAGUGGACCCGGUUAAACAAUGCCGUCCUGGUUUUCGACAAGAGCCACCCUCUGCUUCUAGAUUUCAUGGCGGAGUUCGCCGCGACGUUCGAUGGGAGCAGGUGGGGGCAUAACGGCCCGUAUCUCGUGUCGAGGGUUGUCGACAGGGUUGGAAAUGGAAGCACAGGGAGGAGGAAUUUUACGAUUAUGCCGCCGAUGGCGUUUUAUCCGGCGUACUGGAGUAAGAUCGGCGGGUACUUUAGGAAGCCGGCGACGAAGUCCGAUUCGAGGUGGGUUUCGGCCAAGCUCAUUCAGUUGAGCGGGAAGACAUUUGCGGUUCAUCUGUGGAAUAAGGAGAGCAGGAAUUUCAGGAUUGAAGAAGGGAGCAUUUUGUGGAGCUUGAUCUCCCGCCAUUGUAUCAUUUGCCAAGGGAUUUACCGAUAGUAGAAUCUCAGGUUAGCUAACUUGGUAGGAUUACAUUUACAGUCCCAUUUAUCCUCUGUUUUUUUCCAAAGGUAAAAAAUAGUUCAUAACUUCAUUCUGAAUCUAGAUUUGGGGAGAUUCACAUUUUUAUUUUGUUGAUGUUGAUUAGGCAGAGAUUAUCGUUUAUCGUGUUGAAAUUCUCUGAUUACAUUCAUUUGACACGAUUAUUGUGUGGGAGCUAAGUUGUAGGUCAAUUUGGCACGUGUUGAUAUUAUUAAUUAUUCGCGUCAACAUAAAUAGUAUGAUUCUGGUUCCUAAUAUGAUCUUUUUUUUUUGUUGGCGUUGAUUAGGCAGAGAUUAUGAUAAGAUCGUCUAUCGUGUUGAAAUUCUCUUAUUACAUUCAUUUGACACGAUUAUUGUGUGGCAGCUAACCUGGAGGACAAUUUGGCAUGUGUUGAUAUUAUCCGCGUCAACAUAAUAGUAUGAUUCUGGUUCCUAAUAUGAUAAGAAAAAAUUGUUGACGUU